GCUCCACUGUUUAUUUAUAUUACUUAUGCAAUGAAUAUUGAAGACAUUCGUUUGAACCUACCGACAACCUAACUAAAAUCUAUGGUUACAAAAACACAAUUUUGAUAUUUAUGUAUAUGCAAAGGUUAUCAUUUCAAGGGAGAGUUUACAAGAGAUUGGACCUUGUACAUAUUCAAUCUUUUCUGUUUUAUUCAACCUCUGUUCCUUCAUCGUUGGAUAAUGUUUCUUUAUACCAUGAAAAUGGUCUACCAAAAAUUAUUAUCCCAUUACCUUCUAGACGAGAAGCAUGUUCUUUUGUGCUCAAACCUUUACAACAUACAGUCGGGGAUUUAUCAAAUUUUAUAAAAUGUGAAGAUAGUGGUGUUGAUCGAAUAACAUUUUUCACUGAAGAUGGAACGAGGAUCGCGAAAUCGAAUUCAAUUUCUGAUCUACUUGCUUCUAAUUUCCAUAUACUUAUCAAUGACCAGAAGUACCAUGUGGAUACGUCAUCAGUCUCUUCCCAGUUUAGUGCACUACCAAAAGAUGUAGCUAAUGUUCGAGAAUUAAUCACCAAACUUGCCAGUGCCAUUCAUGUUGAUGAAUUUUAUGCCCAGAAGCAACAACAACUUGAGAAAUGUAUAGAAGAUGUUAAUCUGCAAUUGGAACCAUUUGAAAAGAAAAAGUCCGUUAUUGCUGUACAAGCAGCACAACGAACACGUUGGCUUACUUGGCUUGGAUUAGGUGCAAUGGGUAUACAAUUUGGAUUAUUGGCAAGAUUAACAUGGUGGGAAUAUUCAUGGGAUAUUAUGGAACCAGUGACAUAUUUUGUUGGCUACGGAACGAGUAUGGCAAUGUAUGCCUAUUAUGUGAUCACACGACAGGAUUAUACACUUCCUCAAGUGUUUGAUCGUGAAUAUCUUAAACGCUUUUAUAAAUCCGCUGAUAAAUCAUCGUUUGACGUUCAGCGUUACAAUGAAUUACGUGAUGAACUAGCUCAUUUAAAAUCAGAACUACGUCGCCUUAAAGAUCCUCUUUUAUAUCAAUUACCUUUACAACAAACUGAAUAUAUGAUACCUGAACAAGUUGAAAAUAUUGUCAGUCAAACUAAAAAUUCAUUGCAAAAAUAAUAAUAAUAAUAAUAAUACAGAAAAAUGAAAUAGAGAACAUCAACAUCAAUAAAAUAAUUAGCUUUUAUUAUCCAAUAUACUUUUGUUUUUUUUAUUUUAUAAUGCUUUCAUCACUGUUUUCUUUCUUUCAUACCAGUAAAAUUUUCAAUAAUGUAAUAAUACUAAUCUACUUCCUCUAUUAUUUAUUUAUAUAAUAAAUCAAUAAUUGAAUAUAAUGGUGAAAUUUUGUUUUACAACAGUAAUUAUUGUCUUAAUUGAUCUCUCUCGCUCUGUUUCAUUUUAUCAAAUUUUUUUUUUUUACCUCAGUGCUGUUUUUCCAUCUUGUACACCAUCUCUCUCUCUCUCUGUUGUUUGGUAGUUUUUUUAUACACGCUGUCAAGCAACAAAUCAUUGUGACAUUUUUUUUUCUAAUAUACUUUGAUUUUUGUUGUGACUGAACAAGACAAAUUAUUAUGAUCAUGAUUGGUUUCCAUUGGUGAAGGAUGUUUGUUUGUGCUUUUUUUUUAUAUUUUCGUACAUUUUUACACUAAACACUAUUUAUGAACUUCCCCACCCAGUUCAAUGUUUCAAUUGUUUCCUCCUCCUCCUUCUUUUCCAUACAACACUGAAACACUGAACGGAGAAAAAUGUGUGUACUUGCUAAAAAUAUAUAUAUCAAUGUGAACGGGUGUUUGUUUCUCUUCGUUAAGCUUUUCAAAUAAACUAACUGUUCUGUGUCCAAACUAUUUCUCUGUCAUUCAUUUUUUUCUUGACAAAAUCAGUUUGGGGCACAUAGUGAGAUGUUUUACUGCACUUUUUUUUUGUGUGAACCAUGUAUAGAAAAAUUUAUUAUUUUAACAUUAACUGGUAAUUCUCAGUCAUUUCACAUUAGUUGAGAUCGAUCUUUGUGUUUAGUGCUCUUAGUGUGGUUGUUUCUAUCACAGAUAAAUAUAUCUAUAUCUGUUGACUGAUUUGUAUGCUUUUUUAACUUCACAUUUUAAUCUGUGCUUAGUUUACUUACUUACUUACUUACUUAAUUUGAAGAUAAAUUACUAGAAUUUUUCCUUCUGUAUACGUCCAAGCUUUGUUUAUUUAUUUUCCUCUCUCUCGCUCUCUCUCGCUCUCCAUAUAUUAAUUGAUACUUUCUGUUGAUUGCGCUUCAUUUCCAUUGUAAUCUAUAUUCUACGGAACUUCUAAAUAUAUUGUGAUAACUUGGUUUCGAAAAAAAAACAACAUGACCGGGGAGUUUUGUUUGUGUGUUUGUCAACGCUUCAAAGCUUUUGUUGAUAUUACAAAUGAUCAAGUAUGAAUAUAAUUUUUCAUUAGGUUUGCAUUGA